CCGGAAGUGAGUCUUUGCUCUACCGAGCAAGUUCCUGGCUUCUCAAAACAAAAACAGCAAACAGUGGGUAUCUGCUGUCAGUGAAAGCUGAGAGAAGUGUUUAGCCUUCUACUGCCUCGUCAUGGUGCUAAAGUCAUGUUGCGUUUACAGCGUCGGAGUUGUUUCUGUACUGAUGCUGAUUCUCGGCAUUUCGUUGGUUUUGACCAGCGUGUUUCCACAUUUAGUACAGUCGAUGGUUAAAAAGCAAGUCGUUCUGAAAAACGAUACAGAUGCAUUUGAGGCCUGGAAGGAUCCACCGGCACAUAUCUACAUGCAGUUUUACUUCUUCAAUCUCACAAAUCCCCAGGAGGUGUUGGAUGGGGAGAGGCCAGCUGUGGUGGAAAUUGGACCGUAUACAUACAGAGAGUACCGGCCUAUGGAGCAAAUUGACUUUCAGGAUAAUGGCACUAAAGUAACAGCUGUCAACACUAAAACCUACAUUUUUCAGCGUAACAUGUCCCGAGGUCCAGAGAGCGACCUCGUCAGGACAGUUAAUAUCCCUGCCAUGACAGUGAUGGAAAGAUUCAAGGAUAAUUUCGUUGAAGCCAACUUGAUCUCUGCCUACAUGAAGGGCACCGGUCAAGGCCUUUUCACCACUCGUACAGUGGGAGAGCUGCUGUGGGGAUAUGAAGAUGGACUUCUUAAAGCCUUGAAAAUCAUUAGACCUGAUCUGGAUGAUGUUUUUGGACUUUUCUAUAAGAACAAUGCUUCCAAUGAUGGAGAAUAUGUGUUUUUCACUGGUCAGCAGAACUAUAGGGACUUUUCCAGAGUGGACAUGUGGAAAGGUGAAAGCUCCUUGAAUUGGUGGACGUCUGAUGAGUGCAACAUGAUUAAUGGAACCAUUGGAACAGCCUUCCAUCCUGUAAUCACCAAGAAUGAUAUGCUCUACAUUUUCUCGUCUGACCUGUGCAGACACAGGGCUCCUAUCAUAAUGUCUUCACCACACUUCUACCAGGCAGAUGAGAAAUUUGCUCAGGAUGUAUUCGGAAUGACGCCAAACAAGGAAGAGCACCAGACUACCAUUGAUAUCAAUCCGCUAACAGGAGUGGUUCUUCAAACAGCCAAGCGACUCCAGAUUAACGUCUAUGUAGAGCAAAUUCCCACCUUCAGUCAAACGGGAAAUGUAAGGACAGUAGUCUUCCCUGUGGCUUAUCUGAAUGAGAGCGCCACCAUUGAUGACACAGCAGCCAAGAAGCUAAAGGCGAUUGGUGUUCAGCAGAACGUUGUGGAGAACAUUCCCUUCAUGCUGAUUGGCCUGGCCAUCAUUGUGGGAGGAAUCUUCAUGUUCUUGGUGUGUCAACAGAGAGUCCCCGAGAGCACUGCUGCCGAACGACAGCCCCUGCUCUCAUCGUAACAGCAAACAGAACGUGGAAAGAGGAAGAUUGCCUUGGUUGCAAUACAAUUCAAGGGGUUCACCCAUUAAUUCUCAAGUAACACUAAUACAGUGGUUUUCAUAUUUUAAUCUAUUUUCGCAUUCAUGGUUUUAAGAAAGUGGGAAAAACUGUCUUUUUGUUGUGUUUGUUGCUGGGUUUGGAGGAUAAUGUCUUCAUUUCAAGUUGUAAUGAUGCUGAAAUCCAGAUUUCCCAGUCAAUCUUAAAUUUAGCUUGUUUUUAUUUUAACUCCUAACUAUGGGAUUUUUGAAUUGGAUUAACAUGAGGUUAGUUAACCUCCUUAAACAACCCAGAUUUGAAUUAAUCAAACAUCUUGGAAGUGGGAAAACACUGUACUGCAAAGUGGCCAUAUAUGUGUGAGCUGUUGCUGCAUUUCUGAAUAUAAAAGACAUUGUGUCUAUCUAUAAAGCAACUGGCUAGAGCUUGAACAGUUACUAGAUUCCCAGACUAGUUUGGGAGUCAGAGUUAGUUUUAAAAAGCAAGAAAAAACAGUAUUAAGAAGCCAGGUUGGUUGUAUGUUAAAAUCAAGUGGAUGUAAAAAGUCGGGUUAGUAGUGCAGCCUGUUCAAAGUGCAGAUUACUUUGGGCUUGUCUUUCAGCCUUUUGGCUUCAGAUGCUAUGGCGAUGUGGUCUUGUUCAUUUUAAAAUGAUGUUCUGUGUCGUAGCCAAGCUCAGUAAUCUACAGUGUAUAUUAGGGCUGCCACGAUUAGUCGACUAGUCACAACUAAUUUAAUAGUCGACGCGUCGUUUGAAGCUUUGUAAGAUCCCAAAAGACGCAGGAAUAAGUAGUAGGAUUUAAGAGUGU